AUGCAACAGCUUUACGAGAUCUUGGAGGAACAGCGGGUCUACUUGAGCACGACCUUGCGGGCCAAAGUAGCUUCCAUGCCCCGGUCUUUCGCCAACUUCGAGGCCGUCUUCGCAAAGAAGGAGGAGAAGGUUGUCGAGCUGCGGGAUGGGUUUUUGGAGCGCUUCGCUGCGGAGCUCUCGGCCUUGGAGGCCAAGGUCCACGUCUUCGCCUCCGAGGAGCAGGUGCGGCAUCCGGAGCUGUUGCAGCUGCCGGCGACGGCGUCCUUGACUUCUCCGGCCUUGGCGGCAGGCUGCGUUCCGGACUUUGCCGGGAAAGGGUCCGCGGUGGACGUUUCCUCGAAGCUGAGGGAGCUGGAAACCUUGCAGGAGGAGCUGCGGAAGCUCCAAGAAGACCAGGAGCUCUACCAGGGCUACCAGGCUGUGAUGAAAGGCGACGGGCUUGUGGUACCAGAUCUGACGGAUGCCUGGCUGCAGCUGCAGAGGCGCUUGGAGCUUUGGAGGACUUUCGAAGACUGGCAGAGGAAGUGCCAGGAGUGGCUGCCUUCGGAUCUGCUUCUGGUGGACUUGAUGCUCACGUCCAAGGACGUCACCAGUUUGUGGGCGCAAGCGGAGGCGGCCCAGCAGGAGCUGCCUUCCAACGCCGUCUUCGAGGAGCUGCAGAGCCAGUUGAAGUACAUGCAGGACUUGAUCCCGGUGCUGGAGGUGCUGCAGAACCCCCACUUGCGGGGAAGGCAUUGGAAGGAGCUCAGCGUGACCUUGGACGUUCGCCUGGACGUCUCUCACGCCGGGCGGCCGCAGCUGGCUUUGGGCCAGGCGGCCAAUUGGAAUCUCACGAAGCACAUGGCGAACUUGUUGGCCGUCGCGCGCCGCGCCACCCAGGAGCAUUACGUGGAGCUGGCGCUGGAGAACUUGACGCGUUCCUGGAGCCGCUUGGAGCUUCCGAUCGUUGCCGCGCCGGGCGGUGCCUUGCGGGUGGAGAGCUUGGCUGCUCUGCAGGAGCAGCUGCAGGACGGCCUGGCCGUGGUGGGCUCCAGUUCCACGUCCCGCUUCGCUGCCGUGCACGCGGACCGCGUGAAGCUCUGGCAGGCGCGGUUCGAGAAGGUGGAGGAGCUCUUGGCGGAGUGUUGCAGCUGCCAAGAGCGGUUUCGCUUCUUGGAGGGCGUCUUUUCGGCUUCAGAGCUGCAGAAGCAGCUCCCGACGGAGUUCCUCGCGUUUCAGCCCGUGGAGAGCACUUGGAAGGCCUUGCUUCAAAGGCUCGCGCAAAGGCCAACCGUGGUCGACCUGGCUUUGGACCCUCAGAAUUUGCAGACGCUGCGCCAGCUGGGCGAGACCAUGGACAGCAUCAUCAGGGACCUCGAUGGCUUCCUAGUCACAAAGCGGCAGAGCUUUCCGCGGCUCUUCUUCUUUUCCGAUGCGGUGCUUCUACAGUUUUUGCGGCUUUUUGGGAAGCGCAGCUCUCCAAGAGCCAUGGAGUGCCUGGCACGGCAGUGUUUCCCAGGUCUGGGCUCCUGGGAGCUCGAGGACGGCGCUGUGCAGACGCUGCUCUCGCCCGCUGGCGACCGCCUGCCCCUCCAAGCGAAGGUGAAGCUCCGUGGGCCGGAGCAGACGCUUGAGGCCAUCCAGGCUUCGAUGACGGCGGCCUUCCGACAGCUCCUGAAGAGCGCCAUCGACGAGGCGGCUGCGGCGGAUCACGCCGUGGAGUGGGCCGUGGCCUCCGCGGAUCUGCCGAGCCAGGUGGUGGAAGUGGCCUGGCAGGUGACUUGGACGAUGCAGCUCGAGUCCUUGCUGCAAAGCCGGGAAGGGGCCAAGGAGCAUCUUCAGCGCUGGCACAGCACCUUGCAGCUGAGGCUGCUGCAGCGUGCCGUCCGGCAGGGCAGCGUUGGGCAGCGGCGGGUGGCCUCGUCUCUGCUCGUGGUCUUCAAACAGAGGCAAAGCCAGCUCGAGCUUUUGCUGCGCGGCGCCAGUCCAGGGAGCUUCGACUUCCAGAAGCACCUUCGCUACUCGCUGGAUCUCAAAGGCGAAGCUUUGGGGCCGGGGGCACCCGCCAGCGGGACGGCGCCCAGUGCCACCCUUCGGCUCAGCGUGUCGCAGCUGAGCAGCAGCUUCGCCUACGGCUGGGAGUUCUUGGGCUCCACGGAGCGUUUGGUGAUGGCUCCCGAGACCGAGAGGUGCUGGAUCGCCCUCACCCAGGCCUGUCGCUUGCACUUGGGCGUGGCCUUGGCCGGCACUCACGGCAGCGGCAAGACGGAGCUAAGCAAAGGCUUGGCCGCAGCCCUGGGCCUCUAUUGCGUUGUCUACCGCGUCUCCGACGACCUGUCAGACCUCAGCGCACAGUUCAUGGAGGGCGUGGCGCUGCAGGGCUGUUGGCUUCUGCUUGACCGCAUCCACCUUCUUCACGGCGACAGCCUGGGCACCUGGGCCUGGCAGCUGCGCCGCUUCCAGGAGGCCCUGCGCGCCCAGCGCGAGAGCUUCGACCUGCAAGGCAGGAUGGUUGCUUUGAAGCCUGGCGCCACCAUCUCGGCCACCAUGGACCUCAGGCAGUGCACUCGCUCCGGCUCCGCGAGCUUCGACGCGAGCUUCGACGCGAGCUUCGAGAGCCUCCAAAACUGCUUGCGGCCGGUCAGCCUGGCCUUUCCCAGCGUGGCCCACGUCUCCCACCUGGCUGAAGUCCUCCUCCUCGCAGAAGGCUUCAGCGAAGACCCGGACCUGGGGAAAAAAGUUGGCAUCUUCUGGGGCCACCUGGUCUCCCUGCAGCUAGAGCCGCAGGAGGCCGUCUUUGGACUCCGGGCUCUGCGGGUUUUGAUCGAGAAGGCCGGUGCUCUGCGGCGGCGCCACGACGGCGACGGCACCACAGGCCUGGCAGGGCUGGCCGUGGAGGUUUUCGAGCCGAACUUGUUGGCGCAGCUCUUGGAGAACCAGCUGCAGCCCUUGAUCCCCAAAGAGGACCUCGAGGAGCUGGUGGAGGUCUUCCAGCCGCAGGGGGACCGCACCUCCCUCCUGAGCCACGGCCGCUUGACGGACCCCAAGGAGCUCGCCUUGGAGAAGUUGGAGGAAGCCCUCGUGACCCAGCCAGGAGUCGUGCUCUUGGGACGCAGCGGUGUUGGCAAGAGCCGGCUGCUUUCGGAUCUGCAGCGGAGGAAGGAAUCCUUCUACACCAAGCGAGCGCAAGUGGCCCAAAGUGCUGCCCAAAGCGGCGGAGCUCCCGGCGGCCCGCCGGGCGAAGGGCGGCCCGGGCCCUCCGGCGCUGGCGCCCCAGGCUCCGGCAAAACACCCGACGUGAAAGCUACUAGUACGGCACGCAAGGUGAAUCCGGAGGACUCGGCGACCGCAACUGCAGGCGCAGAGGAAGUGGCAGGGCCGUCCCGGGGUUCGGAUGCAGAUGAAGAAGCGAAAGAGGAGUUGAUCGAGGUUCCCAAGAUCCAGCGGAUCUACUCUAGCAGCUACGACUGCGACGGGCUUUACGGAGAAGCUGGUGCUCUGGUCCAGCUUCUCAGCUCCUUCGCGCAGGCGGAGCUCGAGGAAGUACCCUCCACGGCAACGCCGCUCCCGACGCCUGGGGCCCCUGGGGCUCCUGGGGCCUCCGCUCCUGGAACACUUCAACAAGCGCACGUAGUGGCGCAUGUCCCUGUGACGCCGGUGCGUCGUGUUUGGGUGCCGUGGCUGGUUUUGGACGGCGACUUGGGAGCUUGGGCCGACGCUUUGCACGGCUUCUUGGACCGCGAUCGCCACUUUUGGAUCCCCGGCUCCGCUCACCGAAUCCAGCUGCAGCAGGCCCGCGGCGCCGCGCACCCUCGUUCGACGUUCCUUCUUGUCUUGUCGGACGUCUCCCUGCAAGGCGCUGCGCGUGGUGUUCGAGUGCGUGGACCUGGCGGAAGCCUCGCCGGCGCUGGUCACGCGCUGUGCAGUGGUGGCCUUGCCCCGCGCCUGAGAGUGGCAAGAGGAGAAGGGGAGAAGAGGCUGCAGGCUGCGGCAGGGCUGCAGUGCCUUUCUUUUCAGGCCGGAGGUGCCGUUGACGGCGGCACUUCACCGGCUCCAAGAGAAGCUGAGCUUAGCGAAUCUGAAACCCGAGCAGCUGCAGGGCAGGAGCCUCAGACGAGAUGGAGGCGGAGAGAGGCGGAGAGCCAUGAGAGCGUCAGCGUCGCGAGGCUUCGAAACGACGCUGCAAGCGGGAUCCCUCCUGGAGCUUUGGGAGCUCGCGGAGCCUUCGGCGCCUGCCGACUGCGGCGCAGCUCGGAACGCAGUCAUGCCGACAGCGGCUCACCGGCCAUGGCCGUGUGGCCUCAGGUUCGCCUCGAAGUGGCGCUGAUGACCUUCGGGCGCUUCUUCCUGGAGCUCGAAGCUUAA